AUGCUGGAGCCGCUAUCAAAGCCUCGCUUUAACAUUUGUGAUCCGGAUAAUGUGUCAGUAUUCAGGAAUAACGGAUGCUCAGAAGAUGAUCGACAGCAUUGGGUUUCAACAAAAGGCGCGUUUCAUCAGAGUUUUGAUGAACGAAAUCAGAAUAAUGUGGAAGAGUUCAGCAAUUCAUGUGUCGAUCUAAAUAAUCCG